AGAAGAAGAAGGUGGUGGGGGAAAAUACAGGGCUGGGAUAGAUCAUGGGCAUGGUACAGUGGCUGGCCUCAUACCGGGAGAAGGGGCUUAGGACAAGAGCAAAGCAACAGAUGAGGGAACUGGGGAGUGCCUGGGCUGGGAGAAUGGCUCAUUUUUCCAGAGCCAAGGGGAAUAAAAGUCCAGGCAGACUGUGGUCUGCCAUUCCCUUCAGUGCUUUUUCUGUAAACAAUAGGACUGAAGAAUGCUAUUCUACUAUCAUUAUCCAAGUAAAACUACCUGCAUCAAGCUAAGCACAAGCCACUGCUCCCAUCUCUGGUAUCUCUAGGGAGAACCAAGCAAGGGCCUUCCCAAGAGCUUCGUGGUGCCUAUUCUCCCAGUGGAAACAAUCUCUUCUUGUGCCUGCCUCUGCAAACACUGAGCUGGCCAGUCACUCCUUUGACUAUAUGCUAUUGCAUAAAAGGAUUUGGGGGAUAGAGACAAAAUAAAGGUAGCUGAAAGGAAGAAGCUCUAAAGAAAGAUAAAGAGGAGGGAGGUAUGGAAAGAGCGUUCAGUGAAAGACAGGGGUAAUGGAGGGCAACAAGGAAGAUGUGUUGAGAAGAAAGGAGGUGUGACAGGACAAAGAAAGGAGUGCAAUAUGGGAAGAGUACAGGCAGGGCUUGUGAUAAAAAGUGAUAUAAAAGAGCAGCUUCAGGGCAGCCCCUGUGUCGCUGUACUCUAUGGGUCUGACCCACUGCUAAUGUUGGGCAGCAGGACCUGGUUACCCAGUCCGUGGAACAAGGGUAUCAGCGAGUUGUUGGGGUAUGGAGCCACGUGGGUUAUCCUGCCCCCAACUCUGGGCUGGGGGCUUCCCACUCUUGCCUUGUGUUUUUCAGGCCCAGAAGAAGAGAGAAGCUGCUCCUGGCUGAACCCCUGGGUGUUCCUUGCUUCUGUCCUUGUCAUCAAAACUGCCUUUUUAACGGCCUGCCUCGUUCUUUUCCUUCAUGGAAGCUACGGCCAGUACAAGACUCUGCUCCAGAAUGCUACAGAGUGGCACUGCGUCCCCAGCGUAUCUGCAGGCAAAGAGGAGGGCUGGAUGUGCUGCCCGAAGGGCUGGAAACACUUUCAAGAAAAGUGCUAUUAUCUGUCCACUGAUAGGAUGUCCUGGCUUGCGAGUGAGCAGAACUGCACUGGGAUGGGCUCCCACCUGGUGGUGAUCAACAGUGAAGAAGAGCAGGAGUUCCUCUUCAACUUGGCGAAAGGAGUAUUUACUAAAGCCUAUGAAACGAAAUACUACAUAGGCUUAACUGCUUACAAAAAUGGGCAAUGGCAGUGGGUGGAUCAGACUCCAUAUAAGAAGGCAGCCACGUUCUGGAAACCUGGGGAACCCAAUUUACUCUUUGCAGAAAAAUGUGCUGCAAUUCACGUCAAGGGAAACAGAGACUCCAGCACUUACAGUAACUGGAAUAACAUCCUUUGCUUCACAAGUUGCUAUCGAAUUUGUGAACUGGCAGUCAAAUUUGUCUAAGGAAGGAAACUCCAUUUUGGAUGAAGGACCUGAAGAAGUAUCCUUGAGAAAGGGCUGCUCAUGAAAGAGCUGAUGAAAAGCUGGCCUGAGCUCACACAAAUGCUUUAUCUUGCAAUGUAGGAUGAGUUCCCAGCCUGCAUCCCUGCAUCUCUUUCCAAGAUGGAGAUCAGUCCUGGAUGAAAUUGCUAAGGCUGCAGUAAAGCACCUACUGAGCCACUUUUCACUCUCCUCCUUCACAGAUGGGUGCCCUGAUCCUCCAGUAUGUUCCUUGACUCCUUGUCCAGUUGAUAUCUCAGUGAUGCAGGAAAGGCCCUCUCUGUUUCAUAAAAGGAUACUGGUCCUACAAAUCACGGGAGUAGAAUUUGAAAGAAGAGCAUUCAGUGGAGUGUGCUUGGCCAGUCCCUGACGGGAACAAUUAUUUAUGGCUUAUCUUUAACGUUUCCUUUUUCCUUCAGCAUAUUCUCUGUUGAUAAGUUAAAACAACCAUAUCAAUAAAUGUUAAUUCUGCUUUUUGGAUGAGGCUGUCUUCUGAGUGACAAGUCCCAGCCCCCCGCCAACCCAGCCUCCCUGCAUGGAGGUGUUAACUUUUCAGUGUGUUUGGCAUCUGCAGGUGAUAAUAUUACUGUGAGUGUGCUGGACUGGCCAGGAGCAAGAACGACCUAGUGUUAGUCUGCAGAGCAUGUAAGAAAGGCUGUAAACACUUUUGGAGAAUCACGUGCGAGGGAAGCAACAGCGCAGGCUGUGUAGUAGUCAAUGCCAACAACUGUUUGCCCAAGAUGUAGCAGAAAGGAGAUGGAUUUUGGAAAUCCUGCUGAGACAUGUGGCAGAAUUAAGCAUG